AUGAUGUCAUCGGAAAAAUUUCAUUUUAUAUUUAGUCAUGAGUUAGAAGAUAGAAUACAAAUUAAAAUUGGUUCGCUUGAAGGCGAACGUCCACAACAAAAUAUUUCUGAUAUUUUUACUCGACACUCAUUUGUUCGAAAUCAAAAUGAUUCUAAACGUAAUGAACCGUAUGUUUUAUGUCAAAUAUUUUCUGAUCAACAACCAUUAUGUUUACCCGUUCAAACAUCAUACAAAGCGUUCACAGAUAAAUGGAGUUGGAAUGAAUGGUUAAUAUUACCUUUGCGUUAUUGUGAUUUACCUCGACACUCAGUUUUGACAUUUACAAUUCAUGAUAUUUUAUCGCCAACUCAAAUAGCUAUUAUUGGAAGUACAACCAUUUCUCUCUUUGCACAUGAUGGGACAUUUCGUCGUGGUAUUUGUGAUUUAAAAUUAUGGCCAAAUGUUGUUCCAGAUGUAAAUUAUGAAUCAUCAACACCCGGAAAUAUCGAGCAUAUACAUACUGAUUAUAACGAACAAAUUCUGAGUAAUAAUACAAAUUUAAAUAAAAAUAUCAAACAGCAACAAAAAGUAAAACCGCCAACAAUCACAUGGAAUGAUGAAUCAGAGUAUCCAAUGUUAGAUGAACUUAGUCGAAUAGCAAAAUUAAUUAAAACACAUGGAGAUGGACAUACAAUAAGUCAGGAUUGGUUAGAUAAAUUAGCUUUAACAAAAGCCCAACAUUCCAUCAAAGAACAAUUGCCAAAGUCAAAAUCAAUGCUAUUAAUGAUUGAGUUUGCAAGAACGAUGAUUGAUGAAAAUGAGUGUACCGUACUCUACUUCGAACCGAAUUGUGAAGAGAUUAUUAAUUAUCCAUUAGGUUACACUGGUCUUGUUGUUUAUGAUCCUGAACUGGAUAUGGAAAAUAUUGUUGAAAGUAAACAUUUAAAAUUAGCAAGAAGUGGACGAAAAGCGAUGGAUAAAGAUCUUAAACCAACAAGAGAACAACGUGAUCGAUUAAUGACAAUUCUAACCUAUCCACCUGGUCAAUAUUUGAGUAUAGAAGAACAAGAUCUUGUAUGGAAAUAUCGUUUUUUCUUAUCGACACAUAAAAAAGCAUUAGCUAAGUUUUUACAAUGUGUUCAUUGGGAUAAAGAGGAAGAAGUCAAACAAGCUCUUGAUUUAUUACAACAAUGGGUAGCCAUGGAUACUGAAGAUGCUCUAGAAUUAUUAGGACCACUUUAUCAUCAUCCAAAAGUUAGAAUAUAUGCCGUGUCAAGAUUAAAAUUAGCAUCAGAUGAUGAUUUACUCUUGUAUUUAUUACAACUAGUUCAAGCACUUCGUUAUGAAAGAUAUGAUUUUAUGAAUGCCUAUGUGGUAGACACUUCUAAUGAUGAACAAACGAGUUCUAAUGGAAGUGGUACAGGUGAAAAUUAUGCUAACGUUGUUCAGUCAGAUUCUGCUAGUCAAGAAAUUGAUUUAUCUACAUUUCUGAUUCAACGUGCAUGUGAUAAACCAAUUGUAGCUAAUUAUCUCUUUUGGUAUGCUUAUGUUGAAUGUGAAAAUAAUAGUUCUCAAGCAAAAGAUAAAGCAAUUAGUGAUAUGUAUCAAGCAUUUGUUCAUCGUUUGAGUAUGACAUUAAAAACAAAAAAUGAUUUAACUCGACAAGUUCGAUCAUCAAUUGAUGCACAAAAACGUUUUGUUGAUAAAUUAGUUGAAUUAACAAAUAUUGUUAAAAGACUACAAGGAUCUGUUAAAACAAAGGAAGAAAAAUUAAAAACAUUAUUAUUAGCCGGUGAUGAUUCUUCUGUGAAAUUUAAUUUUCUUCAAUUUGAUCCAAUACCGUUACCCCUUGAUCCAGAAGUGAAAAUUAAACGAAUUAUACCUGACAAAAUUAAAAUAUUCAAAAGUGCAAAAUUACCAUUUUUAUUUGUUUGUGAAACUGUUGAAGGUGAAGAAUAUUCUGUUAUAUUCAAAAAUGGAGAUGAUUUAAGACAAGAUCAACUGAUACUACAAAUUAUAACACUUAUGGAUAGGAUAUUACGUAAAGAAAAUAUCGAUUUAAGAAUGACACCAUACAAAGUUCUUUCAACAAGUAUAAAAUAUGGAUUUGUGCAAUUUAUUGAAUCUCAAUCAUUACAUCAUGUAUUAGAAUACAAUAAGUCGAUAAAACACUAUUUACAAAAAACUGUUGGUGUUUUAACGACAAAUGAAACGACAGGUGGUAACGCAGGUGAAAAUGAUUUAACUAUACCUAAAGAAGUAAUGGAUUCUUACGUUAAAAGUUGUGCCGGUUAUUGUGUUGUUACAUAUUUACUUGGUGUCGGUGAUAGACAUUUAGAUAAUUUAUUAUUGAGAGAUACUGGACAAUUAUUUCAUAUUGAUUUUGGUUUCAUAAUGGGUCGUGAUCCGAAACCAUUGCCUCCAGCUAUGCGUGUAUCGCGUGAUAUGAUUGAAUUGUUAGAUCAAGAACGAGUACUUGAUUUUAGGCGACAUUGUUUUACAGCAUUUAUUAUACUAAGAAAACAUGCUAAUGUGUUUGCUAAUUUAUUUUCAUUAAUGUUAGAUUCAAAUAUUCCAGAUAUUGCUUUGGAACGAGAUAAAACAGUGAAGAAACUCCUAGAUAAAUUUCGUCUUGACCUUGAUGAUGAAAAAGCCGUUAGUUAUUUAAAAGAUUUAAUUGAUUCCAUUAUUGAACGUCCAGCAUUAUCUGAUGAGAUGCGUGAUGCCCUACGUCGGCAUGUUAUACGUGAAAGACAACGAAAAAAAGAAGAAAAACAGGCUAAUGAAGCUGAUAAACAGCGAAGACGAGAAGAAAAGGCAAAAGCCGAAUUAACGAGUAAAGCUCAAUUGGAGAAGAAUGCUGAAUUUAUUCAGGAUUUAGAAGCAAAAUUAGAUGAUUUACAAAAUCAAAAAAAUGAUUUCUGUAAUUUAUUAAAAAAGACUCUAAAUGAAGAAGAUUGUAAGCGCAAACAAUCGCAACAAACAGUAAAUAAAGAACCAAGUUGGACAAGUCUAUAUUCACCAAAUCUCCAACCAAAUCAAUAUUUACAGCAACACUUUCUCACUCAGCCAUCGUCUUGUCGUUUACUUGCCUAUAAACCACCUCAAUUAUUAGCUUCAUUACAUCAAACUCAUCAACAGCAAUCAACCGCUCCUCCAACUCUAAAACGACCCCGUAGUCCAUCACUCAUCUCUACCACGAAUCAUCAACAACAACAAGUCUAUUCAACUCCGUCAACUUAUUCCACAAAUAUUUCAAAAUCACCGAGACCAUCGAUAAUGGGACCAUCAAGUAUCCAUACACGUUCUCCAAGUCCAGCUGUUACAACAUAUCCCUCGUCAUCACCGUCUAUACCAUCGAAUACUCAUCCAUCUCGAUUACCUUCAUUUCCAAAUCCAUCAGCGUUUUCAAGCUAUUUGUAUCCUAUAUCACUUUCUCUACAAAAUCAAUCACAAGCAAAUAAACAGCAACAACAACAACAACAACAACAAUCGCCUCAAUCUCAUUCUCCAACAGCGUCGCCCUCAUCUUCGCUUCAGACAAAUCAAAAUAAUUUAUAUUCUGCCCAACAAUUACACCGUUUAAGACAACCGUCUCAACAGCAGCAAGAACAAAACAAUUAUUUAAAUUCAUUAUCAUUUCUACAACCUCCAUUACCGAAUCCUCAAUCAUCUGAUUCAAAACAACAACAUGCAGCUAUCUAUCAUCCAAUUCAUGAACCCCUCGCAGAGCAAGUGAACACAAUGUAUGUUAGUCAGUUAAUAUUUAACGAUGAAUUAAAAUCCUUAAGGGAAUGUUCACUUUGUUUUGGAUUAACAUGUGUAAUGAAAUUAGAUUUAUUUAAAAUGAAACAAUGUAAUAUCGAAAAAUUAACAAUACAAUCGAUAUAUUUACAUGAUUUGUUAAAACUAUUUUAUUAUAUACCAAAAAUUAAAUCGUUAACAGUGACGGUGAAAGAUGUUAGAAAAGAUGAUAUAAAUCAACAACAAUUACUAACAGCUUUCGACAAUUCUAUUCUUUCAUCUGCUGUUCCCUAUUUAACAUACUUAAAUUUGUAUACAUAUCAAAUUGGAUUUUCAUCGAUCGAAGUAUUAUUAAAACAAUUUUUUCGUCUAGAAUAUUUUAUACUUCGAUCGAAAAAUUUAGAAUUAAUCGAUGGUCGACGAUGGGAAAUGCUCUUGACUACCGCCAAUUUACCUGUAUUGAAAAAAUUUCAGUUUCAAAUUGAACAGUUUCAUGACACAAAAUGGGGACAACAAAAUGAUGUUGAAAAAUUAGUGGGAAAAUUUCAGACACAAUUUUGGCUAGAAAAACAAGAAUAUUGGGGACAGGUGAAAUGUGACUAUCGACCAUCAGAUUUUCUAUGUGUAUCAAUUCGAAUAAUGUUAUUUACAAUUGAAAGAUUACCAAAUGAAUUAUUUCAAUUUAUCUUUAUUUAUUUAAAAUCUACAAAUAUAUUCUAUUCAUUUUUUAAUUUAAAUAGUCGUUUUAAUACACUUAUUUAUUUUUAUUUACAUCGUAUUGAUUUAUCUUCAUUAUCCAUUUUACAAUUAAAUAUUUAUACUAAUAUUUAUUUACCAUUUAUUCAAUCAACUAUUAAAUAUUUAAAAUUAAAUGAUAAAAAUAUGAAAUAUAUAUUUAUAUCACAAAAUAUUUUUGAAUUCUAUCCAAAUUUAAAUCAUUUAACAUUAAUUAAUAUUGAUAAUGAAAAAUCAAAAUGUUUAUCUUAUUUAUUAUCAUUUAAACAAUUACACUAUUUGAAAUUUAUAUGUGAUGAUGAAAUUAUAAAUGAAAAUUAUUGGAUUA